UUGAUUUGACUUUGACAGUCAAGUGAGUGAAUUCAUCCAAAUAGGUUUGGAAUUUAAUCAACUUUUAAUUCAUCAAAGUCCACUUUUGUUAAUGUUCAAACUAAAAUGGACGUGUUAAAUGCGGUAUACAACUUAAACAAUGGAGAGACACUCAAGUCCAGUUGGUUCGGUGAUGUCCUCUCAACUGUUUCUUCCCAAGAGACGUUCCAGUGGGGCUUCCAGGUGUUGCCCCUAUUGCUGGCCGGAAUCUUCGCGACGAUUAUCUCAAUAACGUAUUUUUGUAUUCGAAAAUGCCACCGAAAAGCUCUUUUUGCACGACAAUUGAAAUCCGAAGAGGCAAGUGCAAGGUUCAGGAAACGGGAUAAAGCGCUGUUUUACGGCCGCAAAAUGUUACGCAAGGUCAAAAACAUAUCAGGCCAAGUGCGAAACUCCGGCCAGGGUAGGAAGAGAAAAAUGGUGAUGAAAUUCGCGAGAAGGAUUUUACAAUUAAAAAAGGAAAAUGAUACGGAACAAUUGAAGGUUCUGGAACCGCCUCUUGAAUAUUUACAAGAGGAAAUGUUGAGCGACGACAGGAUGCCCCCAGAUGCCUUGUACAUGCUUCAAAGUAUUAGGGUUUUUGGGCAUUUUGAGAAGCCGAUUUUCCUCAAGUUGUGCAAACACACGGAAAUUAUCAAUGUCGAUGCCGGGCAACAUUUAUUCAAGAUAGGCGAUCCCGACGAAAACGUGUACAUCGUCCAAAGCGGCAAGCUCAAUGUCUUCAUUGCGUCGGCUGACAACACGAACGUCUCCCUCAAGAUCGUAAAACCCGGCGAAUCCGUAACCUCCCUCCUCAGUUUCACCGAUGUUCUGACCGGCAACACCAACCCGUACAAAACCGUAUCGGCGAAGGCGAUCGAAGCCUCGACUGUGGUCAAACUGCCAAUGAUCGCUUUUCAAGAGAUCUUCCACGAAUAUCCUGAUAUUUUUAUUCGCGUAAUUCAAGUCAUUAUGGUGCGUUUGCAACGCGUCACGUUUACAGCAUUGCAUCAGUAUCUCGGUCUGAGCGCCGAACUAGUCAAACAGGGACCAAAGAGUAGGAAUAGUAAAAAUCCUCUAGUCGGGGGUUCACCGAUGAAGAAAAAACGGGAAGAAUUUAAAGAUGGGUCGUUUAGUUCGAUGGAUGCAACGCAACCGAUACCUGUGCCGGGGCACAGGAGGAGUAAAUCGAGUCUUGAGUCGAAGUCUUUCUCCCCACAGACGCCGGAUAUGGUCAGCGAUGCCGAAAUGGCCACUUACGGCAUGACACCUGACGUUGCACUUUUACAAAGAAAAAGACACUCGGUCGAUAAUGUAGACGAGGAUACUCUAAUCGAAAUCGCAACUGAGGCUUUUAUCAAAGAGUUGGGUCUUGAAGAUGACACUAUGUUGAAGGGAAACGUCGAAAUGAAAGAAAUAGCAGCCGGUACUUAUCUCAUGCAAGAGGAUUCAAAUAAAGACGUUGCUUUAUGUUAUGUCAUUUCGGGUGCUUUGAUUGUUUCGCAAAAAAUGACAGAAAGUGAAGAUGAGGUUCAUAUGUUCACAGCCUAUCACGGUGAAUUCGUCGGCGGUCUCGCUGUACUAACCGGCGAGCCUAGUUUUUUCACAAUUCGGGCCAAACACUUCAGCCGUAUCGCUCUAUUAUCGAAAAACACAUUUUACAGUAUGAUGAAAGAUCACCCCAAUAUAGUACUUUACGUCGCACAUUCGGUCGUUCAGCGUCUUUCGCCCUUCGUACGUCAAGUCGAUUUCGCUCUUGAUUGGUUAUUCAUGGAGUCGGGUCGUGCCCUCUACAGGCAAGAUGACGAAAGCGAUUCGACUUAUAUUGUCUUGUCGGGGCGUCUGCGAUCGGUUAUAACCCACAAGAAUGGUAAAAAGGAGUUAGUGGGGGAGUAUGGUAAAGGCGACUUGAUUGGAGUAGUCGAAAUGGUAACUCACACGAAACGAAGUACGACGGUUAUAGCCGUUCGAGACUCCGAGUUGGCUAAAUUACCCGAAGGGUUGUUUAAUGCGAUUAAAUUGAAAUACCCUAUUGUUGUUACAAGACUGAUCAAUUUAUUGGGGCACCGGAUUUUAGGUUCGUGGAAAAAACCGACGAUUAAUGUGCAUGCACCUAGCAGUUCAGCGAUUGAUAGUCGACCUUCGCAACUGAAUUUUUCAACUGUUGCAAUCGUUGCCGCCUCUGAUGAUGUACCUCUCACAGCGUUUACUUAUGAAUUGUAUCACUGUUUAUGUGCCAUUGGACCAACUUUAAAACUGACUUCCGAUGUAAUUCGGAAACUUUUGGGUCCGAGUAUUAUGGAUCCGAAUAAUGAGUAUCGACUAACAUCCUGGUUGGCUCAACAGGAGGACCAACAUAAAAUCUCGCUGUACCAAUGCGAUUUGACAGUUAGUACAUGGACACAGAGAUGUAUUCGGCAAGCUGAUUGCAUUCUGAUUGUCGGUUUGGGGGAGAAUCACCCAAGUAUUGGCAAAGUUGAGAAAGAAGUCGAAAGAUUGGCAAUGAGAACACAAAAAGAAUUGGUUUUGUUGCAUCGCGAGGGUGGAAGGCCCCAUAAUACAGCCGCUUGGAUCAAUAUGAGGAGUUGGGUGUCGUGGCAUCACCACAUUUUGAGUCCUAAUAGGAUGUUUUCAAGGAAAUCCCUAUAUAGGAUAAACGAACUGUACUCGAAAGUAUGUCAGUCGGAGCCGAACAUUCACUCCGACUUUUCCCGGUUAGCUCGUUGGUUAACCGGCAAAUCAGUCGGUUUGGUUUUGGGAGGAGGCGGUGCUAGAGGUUCUGCGCAUGUCGGAAUGAUCAAAGCAAUCCAAGAGGCCGGAAUCCCGAUUGACUUGGUAGGUGGGGUCAGUAUUGGGGCCUUCAUGGGGGCUCUGUGGUGUCGUGAGAGGAACAUUACCACAAUGACACAAAAAGCAAGAGAAUGGGCCAAGAAAAUGACCCAAUGGUGGCGUCAGAUCCUCGACUUGACCUAUCCGAUGACGUCGAUGUUCAGCGGUCGCGAUUUUAACCAAACAAUCAAAGGCACAUUUGGUGAUACGUACAUUGAGGAUUUAUGGUUACCGUAUUUUACGGUUACAACCGAUAUAACCGCUUCAUGUAUGAGGCUACAUUCGCACGGCUCUCUGUGGCGGUACGUUCGUGCCUCUAUGUCUCUAUCUGGAUUCAUGCCACCUCUGUGUGAUCCUGUCGAUGGCCACCUUCUGCUAGAUGGAGGCUACACUAACAAUCUUCCAGCUGACGUCAUGCGGAGUUUGGGAGCCAAUCAUAUAAUCGCGAUUGAUGUGGGAAGUGUGGACGAUCAGGAUUUGACCAAUUACGGGGAUGAUUUAUCGGGGUGGUGGCUGUUGUGGAAACGAUGGAAUCCGUUCACUGAUCCUGUUAAAGUACCUAAUUUACCCGAUAUUCAAUCAAGGCUGGCCUAUGUCAGUUGUGUAAGACAGUUAGAAGAAGUGAAAAACAGUGAUUAUUGUGAGUACGUCCGUCCGCCUAUCGAUAAGUACAAAACGUUACAAUUCGGAAGUUUCGAUGAAAUUCGGGAAGUCGGUUACCAACAUGGCAAAACUUACUUUGAGGAAAAAUUAAAAUCGGGUAGUUUACCCAUUUUUAAAGCGCCAACUGUUACCAAUAAACCAGAAACUGAACAUACUUUGUCCGAUUAUACUUUCACUGAUUUAGCACAAAUGGUUUGUAAAGUCUCAAGACCUUACGAAGAGUCAUCGAGUUCGAGUUCUUCAGGUGAUGAGUAUGAAGAUGGUCAAGACGGUUACGCCUCUGAACCUACUGUGUGUCUAAUGGAUAAUAAAAUUGAUAAACUUCUACAUAUGAGAAGAGCCGGCGGUUCUCUUUCAUUAUCCGAAAAUGAAAUAGAAUCCGAAGUUGAGUUUGAUGUAACAAACAGGAAAAGUGAAAAAGAAUUGAAUUUUUCUAGUCUUUAGUAGUUAAGUUUUUGUUAUCAAUUAAGACACAAGAGAAAGUGUAUGUUUUUAUUGUAAUUAAAAACAGUAAUUCACUAGACUAAACGAUAUUUACAAUCCUUGGAAGUGAUCUCUGUAUACAUAUUUUUUUAAAGAUAAUAAAGAAAAAUGUUAUCAGUGUUUUCUUAUUAA